CGGAGCGGGCGGCGGGCGGAGCAGAGCGGAGCCGUCGGGCGGAACGGGCUCGGAGCCCGCGUCUCCGCGGCUCGGGACGCUGCUCCAGGGGCGGCGGGGCAGAGAUGUUCCACUGCAUCCCCCUGUGGCGGUGCAACCGUCAUGUGGAGAGCAUCGACAAGCGCCACUGUUCGCUGGUCUACGUCCCGGAGGAGAUCUACCGCUAUGCCCGCAGCCUGGAAGAACUGCUGCUGGACGCCAACCAGCUCCGCGAGCUGCCGGAGCAAUUUUUCCAGCUAAUCCGAUUACGAAAGCUUGGACUUAGCGAUAAUGAGAUUCGGAGGCUCCCUCCGGAAAUAGCCAACUUCAUGCAACUAGUGGAACUUGAUGUGUCUCGAAAUGAUAUUUUUGAAAUUCCAGAAAGCAUCUCAUUCUGCAAAGCACUACGGAUUGUUGACUUCAGUGGAAAUCCACUAACUAGGUUGCCAGAGAGCUUUCCUGAAUUACAGAAUCUAACGUGUCUUUCUGUAAAUGACAUUUCACUUCAGUCCCUGCCUGAAAAUAUUGGCAAUCUUUAUAACCUGGCUUCACUGGAACUGAGAGAAAAUCUUCUUACAUAUCUUCCUGACUCACUUACCCAGCUACAGAGACUAGAAGAACUUGAUUUAGGAAACAAUGAAAUAUCUAAUUUGCCAGAAUCAAUUGGAGCUCUUAUACAUCUAAAAGAUCUCUGGUUGGACGGAAAUCAGCUGUCAGAAUUACCUGAGGAAAUAGGAAAUCUGAAGAACCUUCUGUACUUAGAUGUCUCAGAAAACAGGUUGGAAAGACUUCCUGAAGAAAUCAGUGGCCUGACUUCGUUAACAGAUUUAGUCAUCUCCCAGAACUUAUUGGAAACGGUUCCAGAUGGCAUCGGGAAACUAAAGAAGCUGUCGAUCUUGAAGCUGGAUCAGAACAGACUCACCCACUUGCCUGAAACGGUUGGAGAUUGUGAAAGCCUCACAGAAUUGGUUCUCACAGAGAAUCUGCUCCUGACCUUACCUAAGAGCAUUGGAAAACUUAAGAAGUUGAGCAACUUGAAUGCAGACAGAAAUAAAUUAGUAUCUUUACCAAAAGAGAUUGGCGGUUGCUGCAGCCUCACCAUGUUCUGCAUGCGUGACAACAGGUUAACUCAGCUACCCGCAGAGGUGUCACAGGCGACAGAACUGCAUGUCCUGGAUGUAGCGGGGAACAGGUUGAUGCACCUGCCUCUGUCCUUGACUACCUUGAAGCUGAAGGCUCUCUGGUUAUCGGACAACCAGUCCCAGCCUCUGCUCACAUUCCAGACAGACACCGAUGGCUCCACAGGAGAGAAGAUUUUAACCUGUGUCUUACUUCCUCAGCUGCCUUCUGAACCUCCUUACCAAGAGAAUCUGCCUCGCUGUGGUGCACUGGAGAACUUGGUAAACGAUGUCUCGGAUGAAACUUGGAAUGAGAGUGCAGUCAACAGAGUCAGUGCAAUCCGAUUCUUGGAUGGCGAAAUAGAUGAAGAUGAAAAUGAAACGAGAACACUUCUAAGGCGAGCCACUCCACACCCAGGGGAGUUAAAGAACAUGAAAAAGGCAGUGGAGAAUUUACGGAAUGGCAUGAAUGCUGCUAAAGGACUGGAUUCCAACAAAAAUGAGGUCAACCAUGUCAUUGACCGAGUGACCACGUCUGUGUAGACUUGUACCUCCAAAUUUUACCUCCUGUGUCUUCCCCUGCUGUGGAGAUGUUCCAGUUGCUUCCAGGAGC